AUGUCUCUCAUUUCGCUGAUCAAUGGUUUCCUUCUAAUCCUAUCACUACGUACGGGACUGGGUACAAUUGGAGUUGCUGAUGCUGUUACUUUGUCGUCUACAGGGUCAAGCGUUAGCCUUGAUGGCAUCUCAUACUUCAUUUCCCCCUACUCGUCAGGCACAUUGUCAUUGCAAGGAUUGGACCUCUCGACAUGUGUCUCUGUUGGUGGUCUGUACCCUGUCACCCUGCUGAGCGAUGCGAAGGCCGGGAGCAACUUGUCUGUCCUUAUGGAAACCUUCAGGGCUGAGGACGACGUCUUUCAAGCUGGCUUUAUGCAGAUAAUCUACGCCCCUGAUGCUUCGGUAUUCGAAGAUGAUGACAUAGCUUCUUAUGGUGUCAAGACAACUCGUACAUUGGAUGAGUAUGCCGCUGUACCCCAAGGGCCUUACUUCAUGUCUGCGUCAACUGGAGAUGUCUAUAUGGCAUACAGGCUGUAUUCCGACUUUGGAGGAUCAUUCACAGAAGCUAUAUUUGCCACUCCAGAAGGUAGUUUUACGACAUUGUCUGCAGCGAUUGAAGGGUCAGCAUCUUUGACCAUCGGCGUGCCCUCCCGUCUGUACUACACCCCGUCAGUUGAGCAGCCUCUCGUCGGCGUUCGAGUCGGUAUCAAAGAUAUCUAUGAUGUUGCUGGCGUGAAAACAGGCAACGGCAAUCGAGCUUUCCACAAUUUAUACCCACCAGCUGCUGCUAAUUCUGUUGUUGUGCAGAAAUUGGUCGAUGCCGGUGCAAUCAUCGUGGGAAAGUAA